UGAGAGAGAGCCCUCAACCUCUCUUCCGACACGCAUAGACUUCAACUACUGAAGCACUUGCAUUUCCAACCGCACAUCGCUCUUGUACAGACGUCUGGUGUUCCGCCGCUGCCGCUGACUGCCCACCACGCUAUCAGUGAUACGGAAAGUUCCAGCUGUCAAUUUGUCUCAUACUUUUCCGAAACAAUGUUUUAUCCCGUGACAUGUUAAGUGCUUUAAACUUUAUUAAACUGUCAUAACUUAUUUCAACUUGUGAACUGCACGUCUCAGUUAACAUGUUAUCAGUGUAUUGAACUUUCACGCGGCUUUUCAACCAACUUCUCAACAUGAACCCAGAAUGAUGUUCCAGAUGGGAGCUGUGUGGAUCGUUUCCAUUAUUUUAAUCCAAGGAUGCUGCAUGGUAUUCUGCGCUGAGCACGAUUACGGAAAAAUUUUGCACUUGUCCCUACUUUUCUAUGAGGCACAGAGAUCUGGGAAAUUGCCUCCCGAUAACCGUAUACCUUGGAGAGGCGACUCUGCUCUUCUUGACACAGGUCUGAAAGGUGAAGAUCUCACAGGAGGCUAUUACGACGCUGGUGAUUCAGUUAAGUUUGGAUUCACAAUGGCUAGUGCAACGACACUCCUAGCCUGGGGCUGCAUCUCGUACAAAGACGCAUAUGUCGAUGCAGGAGAGUGGAACCGUGUGCUGGAAGCUCUUAGAUGGGCCACGGACUACUUCAUCAAGUGUCACAUCAGCCCUAACGAGUUAUAUGGACAAGUGGGGGAGUUCAGCACAAACAGCGAGCACUGGGGGCGGCCAGAAGACAUCAACAGUACUCGACCUGCGUACAAGAUCGAUAUCGAACACCCAGGUAGUGAUUUGGCAGGAGAGACUGCUGCAGCUUUAGCCGCUACAGCACUUGUCUUCAAGUCAGAGGACAAGGACUAUUCUGAACUACUACUUAGUCAUGCUGAGCAACUGUACGAUUUUGCCAACAAACAUCGGGGUCUCUACAAUGAUGCCAUAAAAGGAGCAACUGAAUUUUAUGAAUCGACAGACUAUGGGGAUGAGCUGACCUGGGCAGCAGCCUGGUUAUUCAAGGUAUCUUCCAAACGCUACUACCUGGAUGAGGCCGAACACUACUAUAUGCAGUUCCGGCUGAAGGAACGGCCAAAUGAGUUCUUCUACAACAAGAAAGUAGCAGGCGUUCAGGUAUUGCUAGCACAGUUGACCAAAAGGCAAGACUACGUGGAAGCAGGCAAGGCAUUCUGCAACUUCACUGUUUUGAACCAGCAGAAGACUCCUAAGGGUUUGGUGUACAUUGACAAGAUUGGUACAUUGUGCCAUGCUGCCAACGUCGCAUUCCUUUGUCUUCAGUUGGCAGAUGAAGGUGUUAAUGCAGAUCUGUAUCAACGAUUCGCUAAGCAGCAGAUUGACUAUAUGUUGGGCAGCUCUGGUCGCAGUUAUGUGGUUGGCUAUGGAGAGAAGUAUCCAACCAGACCACACCAUGCUGCAAGCUCAUGUCAUAUGAUGCCUGAACCGUGCACCUGGACCGAAUUCGGUUUGGACAGACCAAAUCCCCAAAUUCUUUAUGGAGCUCUUGUUAGUGGUCCAGACGAGAAUGACUUCUAUCAAGACAAGCGGGAGGAUUAUGUCUAUAACGAGGUGACACUCGACUACAAUGCAGGAUUCCAGUCUGCAGUUGCAGGCCUGCGUCAUCUGCAGUUAAAAGGAAUCUCUCUUCUCAGAUAGAACAAGCCCUCUCUGCUUGAGCAGAGCAACUACCAAGAGUCGACCCCUGUAUACCAAGAGUCUGAGGGGCGAUCGUCUGCUUUAUCAGUCACUUCUGUAUUUCUGCUUACUUUUGUCAUCUUGUUUGUCUACGGUACUCAAAAUACUCUUGAUUAACGUAGCCAACAUUAAAGCAUGAAAUUGUAUUAGAUUUAACUUUACAUUUUGUUAACAUUAAUAAUGCAAUUGGUUUUAAUUCUUAAAAUGGAGUCGUAAAGACUUGAAUUUGAUCUACUGAUGUACUCUUUACUAUGUGAGUAUUCUAUUUGUCGUUCAAGCCAUUUGUCACUAAAGUGCAAAUGCAUGAAACAUUUGGUGUUGUUUUGUUUCUGUACGCAUAUAUUUUAUAUAUGUUUCCCAAUAUAAUAAAUAGAAACUUUAACAUUCCAAAAUUGUUUGUUCUUAGUGUUAUUAAAUUAUAUUAUGGUGGGAUGUACUGUGCAAUUGUUGUGCUGACUUUGAAGAUAUGAAGAUCUGAAGUUAGUUAGAACGGAUUUCCUCCUCCAUCUUGCUCACAAUGUUUGCUAAUAAGUGUCUAAUAAUAUCAAAUGCUCCACUAGAGUUAGAAGUAUAAUCUAGAUUUCCAGAAUGUUUCGGAUUGCAUUUUUAUACUGUAGUCAACUAAGUGUCAAAUUAGUUAAUAAAGAAACUAAAUGUUUUAGUAGGUUACAUUGUUUUUGAGUUUUUAUGAGUUAUAUUUAGGCUGCUGAAAUCACUUACAAUAAUUAAUGUUUGUUCGAUGUCUUGAUGGCAAAUUGUUGAUGUAUUUUAUGGCUACAUAAUUAUUCUUAUAUAAAUUAUUAUAUAUCAUCAGGAAAACGUUGUUGCGUAAUGGUUGUUACAAAUGUUACUCGUCUAUGUAGCCUUCUAAUUUUUCAUUCUACUCACUUAUUCUAUUAAUAAACAUUUUCUUUGAAAGUUGAAUUGGAAUUAGAGGAGGAUAUAGUAAAUUUAAAGCUUUCAUUGUCGCAUUAUUUUUAAAUUGUUUAAUAUAAGUGAUAAUAUAAAAGUUCCCUGUGAUCGUGAUUUGUAGUUUUUCGGGCAGUGAGUGCUUAAAUGUGUACUAGAAAUUUUACACACAGAAUGUGUAAAAUAUUUUUAAGAGUGUAGUUUUUAUACUUAAAGAGAAGGGAAUUUAUAAUUUCAUUUUUCAUGCAAAAUGUAUAAUUUAAAUUGGUACCAGUAGUUAUUAAUUACCACUUUGUUGCCAGAAGUAUUCUUUGCCUUAAGUUUAAGAUAUUUUCCAGUAAAUUAUUUAAGGAAAAGAAAAAAAAUUUACUUCUUUCGUUUCGGAUUGUAGUUCUAGUGUAGGACCUAUACACUUGAAAUUAUAAGUAUUGUGAUAUUGGAUUUUACAAGUUUAUGUUUCAUUUUUAGGUUCUGAGACAAAGUACCUAGAGACAGUACGUAAACAAUACUUCUAUACAGUAUAUGAAUAUUUUUUUACAUGAAGAACAUUCUUGAUACAAUGUAUGAUCCUAGAUCAAUCCUAUUUUAUUUAUUUUCAUAUAAAAAAUAACCAUGUUGUUGUCAGCAAAUUAUUAUUAGUAGUAUUUGUUGUGUAAAUAAAAUCUCUGAAAAUAUGA